AUGGACUUUAACUUCGACAAAAUGUUCAAAAUAAUGAUAUUUUCCUUUCGAAUUAAUAGAUCGCAUCCAGAUAUUCCAAGAGAUAAGAAAUGGGCGAUGCAAUUUUUGGCUAUGCAUGGCGCAUUUUCUCUAAUGUGUAUUCUUUUAAUUUACAAUAUUGUGUAUCACGAUCUCAAAAAUAAUGACUUCACCCAAGCUUGCUCUAACGGUAUUUUGUGCCUUAUAUACGGCGUGGUUACAUUUAAGUAUUGUAUAAUGUUAUCUUUUCAAAGUUUAUUGAGGGAUAUGUUCGAAAAAAUUAAAAAUGAUUUCCGUUUGGCCACUGAAAUACCCGCACAUGAACAGAAUAUAUUACAAAAAUAUGCUCAAAAGGGAAAAGUUGUUACUAAGCUUUGGUUUUGGCUAUUUUUUGGCACAGCCGUUGUAUUCCCAAUAAAAACUAUAGUGGCUAUGUCGUAUUACGCAAUUUCAGGUGCAUUUAAGUACGUUCAUAUUUAUGACUUAACAUACCCAUCGCAAAUAGAAGAAGUAAAAAAUGAGCUUGAACCGUAUAUAGUCCUUAAUAUAUUUUUUUUAUUCUACGCUAUGUACGCUAUGUUUAUGUAUAUAGGAUUUGCGCCUAUGGGGCCUAUUUUUAUACUUCAUGCUUGUGGUCAGUUGGAAGUCGUAAAAAACCGAGUAUUAGGAGUUUUUUCAGGCCUACAAUUUAAUUCAGGAAAGUCCAUGAGUAAACUAAAAGAUGUUGUGGUACAAUUACAGAAAAUAUACAGUUUUGUGGAUGACAUUGAAAAAGUCUUUGGUAUUGUAUAUGAACUAACUUUAAAAGCAGGGGCAGUUAUUAUUCCUAUUACCGCGCACCAAGUUAUACAGAGUUUUCAUAAUGGCCAAAUAAGUAUAGAGUUUAUAACAAUUGUUUUUGCAGCAAUAGCACUUUGCAGUAUACCUUGCUAUUUUAGUGAUUUACUAGUGGAAAUGGGAGAGAACGUGAGAUUGGCGAUAUACUCAUGCGGAUGGGAAAAGAACUGGGACAAGGGUACGCGCUCAGUAUUGAUGAUUCUUCUGGUGCGUGCGGCCCGGCCGUUUGCAAUACGAACUAUGUUCCGCAGAGUUUGUCUCGAUGCACUGACUGAUCUUUUUCAUCAAUCAUAUGCAAUAUUUAACCUAUUAAAUGCUACACGUAAUUGA